AUGGCGGAGACCACCGCGGCCGCGGAACUCCCCGGCGCGCAGCCUGAGACGGCGGGCCCGCUGGACCGCGGCGAUCCCGCGACCUACCCGGAAUGGUUCACGACGCGCAAGCCGCGCGCCAACCUGAUCGUCGCGCGCUGGGUGCCCAUCGCCCUGGUCGGCCUGCCGGUGCUGGUGCUGUUCUGCAUCGUGGUCUAUCCGACGGUCUGGAUGUUCUACCAUGCGCUGCAUGACACCAACAUGAUGCGACUGUUCCAGGGCAACUGGAACUAUAUCGGCUUCGAGAACUUCGCCACGGUGCUGAACUCCGACCGCUUCGGCGAUUCGGUGGUGCAUCUGGGCAUCUACCUCACCUUCGGCGCCUGUCUGCAGGUGAUCCUCGGCACAAUCCUGGCCCUCAUCCUCUAUGAACUGGUGAAGAGCAACGCCCUUCGGGUCGUCCUGCUGAUCGCCAUGGUGCUGCCGAUGAUGCUGCCGCCCUCGAUCGUCGGCGUGCUGUGGAAGUUCCUGCUCACCCCCUCCAACGGCGCCAUCAACCAGGCGCUCCUGAACCUGGGGCUCAUCGACCAGCAUAUCGAGUGGUUCAACGCCGGGCUCUCGCUCUGGACCAUCAUCAUCGCAGACGUCUGGAACUGGACGGCGCUGCCGCUGCUGAUCGUCUACUCGGGCCGUGUCUCCCUGCCGCCGGCGGUCUAUGAGGCGGCGCGGGUCGACGGGGCGGGCGCCUGGACCACGCUCAGGCGCAUCACCCUGCCGAUGCUGAAGGAGGUGAUUGCCAUCGCCUUCAUCGUGCGCUUCAUGGAUGCCUUCAAGUUCGUCGACCUGGUUUUCAUCAUGACUUCCGGCGGGCCGGCCCAGUCUUCCGAAUUGCCGGCCUACAUCGCCUUCCAGCGCGGCAUCCGCGAGUUCGCCAUCGGCGAGGCGGCGGCCUACGCCAUCGUCAUCUUCAUCGUCUCCGCCGUGCUCAUCACCCUCUUCCUGAAGUAUCUGAAGAAGGUGCUGAAGGUCAUCACCGCCUUCAAGUCGGCGGCGGAGACCAACCGCACCAUCCCGACCUUCUGGCCGGAGGUCUGGCAUCCGCAGAACUUCGUCUCGGUUUUCGCCGAGGCCUCCAACUUCAACGCCCUGGUCGACAGCUUCAUCAUCGCCACCGGCAACACCCUGGCCUCGCUCUUCCUGGGCACCCUGGCGGGCUAUGCCUUCGCCCGUUUUCCGCGCCAGGCCGGUGGCGAGAACCUGGCCUUCUGGGUGCUCUCAAACCGCAUGUUCCCGCCGGUCGCCGUGGUGCUGCCGAUGUUCUUCCUCUUCGACGCGACGCCCUGGGGCACCGACAGCCAUAUCUCCCUGAUCAUCCUCUACCUGGUCUUCAACAUGCCGCUGGCGACCUGGCUGAUGAUGGUUUUUUUCCGCGACGCGCCGCGGGAACUGGAGGAGGCGGCCUAUCUGGACGGCUACACCCCCUUCCGCGCCUUCUUCAAGGUGACGUUGCCGCUGGUGCUGCCGGGCAUGAUCUCCGUCGCCAUGCUGUGCUGGAUCUUCGCCUGGAACGAAUACCUCUUCGCCAACCUGCUGGUCGGCACCGACGUGCGCACCUACACCAUCGUCAUCCCGACCUUCACCCACGGCAGCCAGACCCUCUGGAACCUGCAGAUGGCCUUCAGCCUCAUCGCCAUGCUGCCGCCGGUGCUCCUCUUCAUCCUGCUGCGCCGCUACAUGGGACUCUGCAAGGGCUGGGACUUUCCGGUCAUCGACCGCCUGGACCUGACGGUGGAGGAGGGCGAGUUCUUCGUCGUCGUCGGCCCCAGCGGCAUCGGCAAGACCACGCUGCUGCGCCUCGUCGCCGGGCUGGAGCGGCCCGAUGCCGGAACCAUCCGCGUCGGCGGGCGCGACCUCACCGCUUUGCCGCCCUACCGCCGCAAGGUCGCCAUGACCUUCGAGAGCUAUGCGCUCUAUCCCCAUCUGACGGUGUUCGAGAAUAUCGCCAGCCCCCUGCGGGCGCGGCGCCUGUCCAAGAGCCAGAUCACCGAAACCGUGGUGGCGGUGGCGCAGCUGCUGCGCAUCGAACAGCUGCUGAACCGCCGCCCGGGCGAGAUCUCCGGCGGGCAGAAGCAGCGCACCGCGCUGGGCCGCACCCUCGUCGCCCAGCCCGAUGUGUUCCUGCUGGACGAACCCAUCAGCCAUCUCGACGCCAAGAUCCGCCACGAGCUGCGCCUGCAGUUCCACACCCUGGAGGAACUGCGCUCCGUGGCGACCCUCUACGUCACCCACGACUAUGCCGAGGCGCUCUCGCUGGGCGACCGCAUCGGCGUCAUGGGUCACGGCGGGCUGGUUCAGGUGGGCUCGGCGCGGGAGCUGUUCCAGCAGCCGCAGCAUCUUCUCGUCGCCCAGCACCUGGGCCAGCCGAGCAUCAACGUGGUCGAGGCCUCGCUGGCGUCGUCCGGCGACGACCUGAAGUUCACCGCGGAAGGCGCGAGCCUGACCCUGCCGGUGGCGGGGCCGCAUCGCUCGGUGCUCUCCGGUCUCUCCGGCCGCGGCGCCGGGCGCAUCACCGUCGGCAUCCGCCCCCAGCAUGUCCAGGUGGUCGCGAACGGAGAGACGGCGAAUGGCGAUGCCGUCGUCGACGCCACGGUGUCGAUUUACGAAGCGCUCGGCGCUGCCGGCAUUCUGGUGGCGGAAAGCGGUGGCGUGAGGCUGACGGCGCUGACGCCCCCCAACGCCGUCUUCCAGCAUGGCGAGCCGGUGCGGCUUUCUCUGCGCAACGAGACCUUUCUCUACUUCGAUGCCGACAGCGGCCGCAACGUGAUGGUGGUCUACCGCUCGCGCCACCACGAGGUGCAUGCGGUGAGCGACCUGAACCUCACCAUCAACGAUGGCGAGUUCGUCGCUUUGCUCGGCCCCUCGGGCUGCGGCAAGACCUCGACCCUGCGCAUGAUCGUCGGGCUGGAGGACAUCACCUCGGGCGAGAUCCAUUUCGACGACACCCUGGUCAACAGACUGGACUCCCAGGCCCGCAACGUGGCCAUGGCCUUCGAGACCUACGCGCUCUACCCCAACUUCACCAUCGAGGAGAACCUGGCCUUCCCCCUGGAGGUGCGCGGAGUCGCGCCGGCAGAGCGCCGCAGGAAGGCGCGGGAGAUCGCCGAGAUCCUGCGCAUCGACGACAUCCUCGAUCAGCGGCCCAGCGCCCUUUCCGGCGGCCAGCAGCAGCGCGUCAGCCUCGGCCGUGCCCUCAUCCGCGACCCGGCGGUCUUCAUCCUCGACGAGGUGAUGAGCCACAUCGAUGCGCACCUGAAGUUCCAGAUGCUCUUCGACCUGAAGGCCAUUCAUCAGGAAAUGAAGAAGACCAUGGUCUAUGUGACCCACGACCAGGUCGAGGCCCUGGCGCUGGCCGACCGGGUGGCGGUUAUGAGCCACGCGGAACUGCAGCAGGUGGGCACGCGCAACGAUCUCUAUCACACGCCCGCCAACGUCUUCGUGGCCGACUUCAUCGGCGAGCCGCCGACCAACUUCUUCGAGGCGGAGCUCUUCACCGGCGGUAACGGCACGGUUCUGAAGGUCCAGGGCACGGACCUGGAGAUUGCGUUGGAGGAAGGCCAUGCCCAGCGUAUCGCGCGCUGGAACGAGAAACAGCUGACGGUGGGGAUCCGGCCCCAGGCGCUGCAUCUGGGCGGCGACCCCAGCCUGCCGGCGCUGGAGGCGGAGGUGGCGAUCAACGAGUACCUGGGUGAGCGCUCCAUCCUCACCAUGGUCAAUGGCCGGCAGACCUUUCGCGCCGUAGUCGAUGCCGACACGGCAGCGCAGCGCGGCGACAAGGUACGGGUGCACUACGCGCUCGACGACGUGAUGGUGUUCAGUGGCAAGGCGCGGAACCGCCCGGCACCGAAGAGGGCCGGCCAAUCGAAGAGGGAGGAAGCAGCUAUGGGUCUCUUUAGCGGAUUUACGCGGCGAAAGUUCCUGCAAGGGGCGGCCGCCGGCGCCGCGGCGGCCGGGGGUCUGAUGCCCGGUGCCUCAUUGGGCGCAACGGCGGUGCCGCCGGGCAAGAAGCUCUUCAAGGACGUGGAGCUGACCUACUUCCAGGAUUCCAACUGGCUGCACUCGCCGCUCUGGCUUUCGCCGCAUCUCAUGAAAGAGGCAGGCGUCGGCAUCAAGAGCCGCGAGAUGUAUGACGGCGGCGACGCGGUGGCGAAGAUCCUGCCGCAGCUUCUGUCCCGCCGCCCGCGCUUCGACUGGGUGCAGUUCCCCAGCCUGUUUUUCGGCGCAUUCGCCGAGACCGGCCAACUGGAGCCGCUGGACGACUACUUCGCGCAGUACGCAGGCAGCCAGGACUAUCUCGACUGGGUCAUGCCGGCCUACCGCGAGUUCUACACCAAGUGGGACAACAAGACCUACGGCGUGAUGCUGGACGGCGACAUCCACAUCCUGCAUUACCGCAACAGCUACUUCCAGGAUGCCGAACUGCGCAGCAAGUUCUCCAAGCGCUUCCAGCGCGAACUGGAGGUGCCGAAGACCUGGCUCGACUUCGUCGAUGCCACCCAGUUCUUCACCGAGGAACUGAGCAGCCAGGGCGUCUACGGCACUUCCAUGGUGGUGAAUCCGCCGAACUUCGGCUGGGGCUUCUGGAUGGAUAUCGCCGCCUCCGCCGGGGUGAACUACUUCGAUGAGAACAUGAACCCCACCAUCAACCAGGGCAAGGCGGCGGAGAGCCUGGAUAUCUACAAGGAGAUCAUCAAGUUCGGCCCGCCGGGCGCCGAGGCCAUGGACAUCGGCACCACCAUCCAGCGCUGGCAGUCCGGCUCCGACGUCAUGUCGGUCUGGUGGAUCGACCUGUCAGAGUUCACGGUGCAGCAGCAGGGCCCGGAACUGGCGGAAGACCAGCGCGGUGCCAUCGUCCCGGGCUGGCUGAACGACGACGGCUCGAUCACCAACCGGGCGAUCUCGCUGUGGUGCCGCACCGCUUCCAUCCCCAAGAACAUCCCGCAGGAUGUGAAGGACGCGGCCUUCUACUUCAUCUACCGCAUGUCCCAUCCCGACUACUCCAACGAGAUGGUGGCCGACGAGUACUGCGGCUCCGACCCCUACGGCAAGACCCACUACGGCGAUGCCGCGGCGCAGCUCUAUCUGCAGGCCAAUCCGCAGCGCGGCACCGACAACGAGCUGUGGUCGACCAACGCCGGCAUCUUCAAGAACUUCGAGACCGCCAAGAACCACCUCGACGCCGGUCUCGCCAACGUCGAGGUCGGCUAUCCGCAGUUCUUCUGGGAAGGCACGCCGGAAUACGCCGACGCCCUGGGGCGCAACAUCUCCAAGGCCGUCUCCGGCGAACUGACCAGCCAGCAGGCGCUGGACGAGGCGGCGGAGGAAUGGGCGCAGAUCGCCCAGAAGCUCGGCCUCGACAGCCAGAAGCGGCAGUACAAGAACUUCAUCGAUGGGGCCCGGGCGCUCGGCUACAAGAUCUGCAUCAUGAAGAAGAUUCUCAACGAUCCCUUCAGCUAUGUGGAUGAGAUGCUGGAGGGCCUCUGCAUGGCCCAUCCGGAAUUCUACGCCCAGCCCGAAGCCCGGGUGAUCGCCCGCGCCGGCGGCGCCACUCAGGGGAAGGUGGGCAUCGUGACCGGUGGUGGCUCCGGUCACCUGCCGAUCUUCACCGGCUAUGUCGGCAAGGGGCUCUUGGAUGCGGCUGCCAUCGGCGACGUUUUCGCCUCGCCCUCCGUCGAGCAGAUGGCCGCCGCCAUGCGCCACGCCAAUGGCGGGGCCGGAAUCCUGCGCCUCUACGGCAACUACGGCGGCGACGUGAUGAACUUCGACAUGGCCGGCGAAAUGCUGGAGAUGGAGGACAUCGCCUCCACCACCGUACUGCUGGCCGACGACAUCGUCUCCGCGCCGCCGGAGGAGGCGGCCAAGCGCCGCGGCGUCGCCGGCAUGGUCUAUGCCUUCAAGUGCGCCGGCGCCAAGGCCGAAGAGAUGGCCGAUCUGAGCGAGGUGACGCGGGUUGCCCAAAAGACCGCCGAUGCCUGCCGCUCCAUCGGCAUGGCGCUCACCCCCUGCACGGUGCCGCAGGCCGGCAAACCCACCUUCGAGAUCGGGGAGGACGAGAUGGAGAUGGGGAUGGGUAUUCACGGCGAGCCGGGCAUCUGGCGCGACAAGCUGAAAUCCGCCGAUGCCAUCACCGACGAGAUGGUCGACCGCCUGCUGGCCGACAUGCCCCUGUCCAAGGGCGAGCGCAUCUCCCUGCUGGUCAACAGCCUGGGCGCCACCCCGCCGGAGGAGCUCUACAUCAUGUACCGCCGCGCCAAGGCGCGGCUCGACGACCUCGGCGUCACCAUGGUCAUGCCCCUGGUGGGCCGCUAUGCCACCUCCAUGGAGAUGACCGGCGCCACGUUCACCUGGUGCCGUCUGGACGACGAGUUGGAGGCGCUGUUGAAGGCGCCGGCCGCCUGCCUGGCAGCGCAUCUGGAGGCGCAGGCCGCCUUCCUCAACGAGGCCGACGCCAGGCUGGGCGACGGCGAUCUUGGUGUCACCAUGCAGCGCGGCGCCCGCGGGCUGAUCGAGAUUACCGACGAUUUGCCGGAUGACCUGGGCAUGGCCUUCAUGCGCUGCGCCCAGGCCUUCACCAAGACCUCCGGCUCCAGCUACGGCACCCUCCUGGCGACGGGGCUGAUGGCUGCGGCCAAGGCCUGCAAGGGCCGCGAGGCCGUGCCCUGGUCGGAGACCUCGGCGCUGCUCGGCGGCGCGCUGGAGGCGAUGAUGGCACGCGGCAAGGGCGCACUGGGCGAGAAGACGGUGCUGGACGUUCUGGAGGCGGUCCGUGCUGCGACAGAGAGUUUGGACGCGCCGGGCCCGCUGCAUCAGGCGGCGCUGAAGGCGACGGAGGAGACGAUGGAGCGCAUGCGCAGCCAGCCGGCGCGCCAGGGGAUGAGCGGUGACGGCCCCUAUGUGAUCGGCAUCGACGGCGGCACGGAAUCCCUGCGCGCCGGUGUCUUCGACCUUGCCGGCCGGCCGCUGGCCUUCGCCGCAACGCCCUAUCGCACGGACUUUCCCCAGCCCGGCUGGGCGGAGCAGAACCCGAAGGACUGGUGGGCGGCGCUCGGCGCCUCGGUGCGCCAGGCGGUGCAGGAGGCCGGCAUUGCUCCCGACGCGGUGGCGGCGCUCGCCCUCGACACCACCUGCUGCAGCGUCGUCGCCCUGGAUGAUAAGGGCGAGGCGCUGCGCCCGGCGCUGAUCUGGAUGGACGUGCGCUCCGCGGAGGAAACCGAGCGCGUCGUCGCCAGCGGCGAUGCGGCGCUGAAGAUCAACGGGGGUGGGGCAGGUCCGGUUUCGGCGGAAUGGAUGAUCCCCAAGGCGCUCUGGCUGCAGCGCCAUGAGCCGGAGACCUUCGACCGCGCCGCCACGAUUUGCGAGUACCAGGACUACCUGAACUAUCAUCUCACCGGGCGCCGGGUGGCCAGCAUCAACAACGCGGCGAUCCGCUGGCACUACCUGGCCGCCGACGGCGGCUUUCAGCCCGGGCUUCUGGCUAAGCUCGGCAUUGAUGCGCUGAUGGACAAGUGGCCGUCGGAGGUGCUGCCGCUGGGAGCGGUGAUCGGCGGCCUUACGGCCCGCGCGGCGGAGCAUCUGGGCCUGCCGAAGGACCUGCCGGUGGCCCAGGGCGGCGCCGAUGCCUUCAUCGGCAUGAUCGGGCUGGGCGUCGUGCGCCCGGGCUCACUCGCUUUCCUGACGGGUUCGUCCCACCUGCACCUCGGACUCAGCGAGACGGCCUUUCACGGCGCCGGCAUAUGGGGCACUUACGCCGAUGCAGUCAUCCCCGGCCUCCAUGUGGUCGAGGGCGGCCAGACCUCGACCGGCUCGGUGGUGAAGUGGUUCCGCGAGCUGUUGGGCGGCGGCGUCACCUAUGACGACCUGAACGUGGAAGCGAGAGAUCUGCCGCCCGGUUCCGAAGGCCUCAUCGUUCAGGAUCACUUCCAGGGCAACCGCACGCCCCAUACCGACCCGCUGUCGCGCGGCGCCUUUGCCGGCCUGACGCUGAAGCACGGCCGCGGGCACAUGUUCCGCGCCAUCAUCGAAGGCAUCGCCUUCGGCAGCGAACAUAUCCUGGAGACCAUGCGCGGCCACGGUUUCCAGCCGCGCGAGAUCGUUAUCGCCGGCGGCGCCACGCGCUCCGACCUCUGGCUGCAGAUCCAUGCGGAUGUGUCCAACGUGCCCUUGAGCCUCACCCGGGUGCCAGACGCACCCAGCCUGGGCUGCGCCAUUCUGGCUGCCGUGGCGGCCGGGCAGUUUCCGGACAUCCCCACUGCGGCCGAUGCCAUGGUGGCGGUGGAACGGGUCGUGGAGCCGGAUCCGCAGCGGCACGAAGCCUACAGGCCCUUUUACGAGGCCUACAAGCACGCCUACCCGGCGCUCUCCGGCAUCAUCCGGCCGCUCGCAGCGGCCAUGUUGAAAAACAUCGAUCCGAUCCUGAGUCCCGAUCUGCUGCGGGUGCUCGCGGCCAUGGGGCAUGGCGACGACCUCGUCGUUGUCGACGCCAACUUCCCGGCGGAUUCCGUCGCGCGGCAGACGGUGGUGGGCAAGCUGGUGCGGCUCGACGGCGUCGAUGCGGUGCAGGCGGUCAGCGCCAUCCUCUCGGUGUUCCCGCUCGACAGUUUCGUCGAGGCGCCGGCCCGGCGUAUGGAAAUCGUCGGCGCGCCCGAUGAGAUCCCGGAGGUCCAGCAGGAGGUGCAGCGGGAGAUCGACGAUGCUGAGGGUCAGGCCCUGCCCAUGGCCUCCGUCGAGCGCUUCGCCUUCUACGAGGAGGCGAAAAAGGCCUAUGCCGUGGUCGCCACGACGGAGGGGCGGGCCUACGGCUGCUUCCUGCUGAAGAAAGGUGAGCCAGGCAUGGCGCGGCCCCUCGGUGAGGACGCCGCCCUUGCGGAUGUAGCUCAGAUCGUGGCGGCCAUCGGCGGUCUCCAUCAGAUAGCCAACCAUGUGAUGGGCCGCGAAGCCCAGGCAGGGCUCUGCGACCACCUCGUAGAGCAGGCCGUGGCCGUGAUCCUCCAAGACGCGCCAGGUAAGGGCGCCGGGGCAGCUCACCUGGAACUGGCCCAGGCGCCGGUCCAGCAGCCUGCGCAGGCUGCCCUCGCCGGGACCCUUGCCGUUCCAGGACCUCAGGGCGACGCGCUGCGUCCAACCAUCCAGGGAUUCGUCGCGCCGCAGCCAGAGGCGGGAUCUGCGGUCGCCCUCUUCUUCUAUGGAUUGUGCCAGGGUCCAGCCUUCGGGGGCAACGGCGGCCAGGGCGCUAAGCACCAGGGCCCAAAGGGUGAGGGCCUUCGGCAUCGACUUUCUCCGGACAGGCGAGUCCGGCAGGCGGCCGCGGAGGCCGCCCAGGACCGUCCUCUGCCCCGGAUUUCCGGCCUUUUCACCGGGGGCACCAUGGCCAAUCCAACGCACCUCAGCCUGCGCAAAGCGAUCAUCGCGGCUUGUUUGAAGAUGAACGAGCUUGGCAUCAACCAGGGCACCUCCGGCAACAUCUCCGCCCGUAUCGAGGGCGGCUUCCUGAUCACGCCCUCCGGCAUCCCCUACGAGAAGAUGAAGCCCGAGCAGAUCGUCGAGAUGGACCUUGGCGGCGGCUACUUCGGCGACUAUCUGCCGUCGAGCGAAUGGCGGAUGCACUACGACAUCUACCUGAACAAGCCGGAAGCGGGGGCGGUGGUGCACACCCAUUCGAUCUACUGCACGGCGCUGGCCUCACUGCAGGAGCGCAUUCCGGCCUUCCACUACAUGAUCGGGGUCGCCGGCGGCACCAACAUCCGCUGCGCCGACUAUGCGACCUUCGGCACCCAGGAGCUUUCGGGCAACAUGCUGAAGGCGCUUCAGGGGCGCUCGGCCUGCCUGCUGGCGAACCACGGGAUGAUCUGCUUCGCCAAGGACCUCGACAAGACGUUGUGGUUGGCGGGCGAGGUGGAAACCCUGGCCCAGCAGUAUUGGAUCGCGCGCCAGAUGGGCAAGCCGAACAUCCUGAACAAGCGCGAGAUGACCAACGUCCUGGCGCGCUUCAAGAGCUACGGCAAGCAGAGCAAGGAUCUCGCCAAGGGCGAAGCCCUGGCCGUCGAACCCCCGCCGCGCCGCGACGCCCCAAAAGCCGCCAACGGCACCGCCAGACGCGGCGCCAAGAAAUCUGCCGGCAGGGCCAAGGCGGCGCGCAAGCCCGGGAAGCGGGCGGCCAAGACCUCCAGGUCGGUGAAACACCUGCCGGCACCGGGAGAGACGGUGACCGGGCCGGCUUACACCGUGGUGCCUGGGGGCAAGGGGGCCAACCAGGCGCUGGCCGCGGCCCUGGCCGGUGCACCGGUGCGCUUUAUCGGCUCGGUCGGCAACGACGGCUUCCGCGAUCUUGCGCUUUCCGGUAUGCGCGCGGGCGGCGUCGACCUCAGCCUGGUUGCCGAAAGCCCGGAGCAGACCGCCUGCGCCUUCAUCGCCGUCGAUGCCGCCGGCGAGAACCUUAUCUUCGUCGCCAGUGGCGCCAACCUGGACAGCAGGGCCGCGCAGUUGGAUGCGGCCGGCCUCACCUCCGAUGACGUUCUCCUGCUGCAGAUGGAAAUCACCCAUGCGGAGAACUGGAAGGCGGUGGGCAUCGCCAAGGCGAAGGGCGCUCGGGUGGUGCUGAACCUCGCGCCCGCCGGUCCGAUCCCGGAGGAGACGCUGCGCCAGCUCGAUGUGCUGGUUGUCAACGAGACAGAGGCGGGCCAGCUCGGGGCGCAGCUCGGCAUCGCCGACACCGAUCCGGAGGCUGUCGCCGGCAAGAUCGCGGCGGACUUCGAUCUGGAUUGCAUCGUCACCCUGGGCGCGGCCGGCGCCCGGUCCUUCGGACCCUCCGGCCGCUUCUCGGUGCCGGCCCUGCCGACCGAAGUGGUCGACACUACGGCCGCCGGCGAUGCCUUUGUCGGCGCCUUCGCGGCUGCGCUCGAUCAGGGCCGGCCGAUGGAUCAGGCUCUGCGCCAGGGUGCGGUGGCCGGCAGCCUCGCCUGCCGCUCCGUCGGCGCCCAGCCCAGCCUGCCCAAGGGCAAGGAGAUCGCCGCCCAGACCUGGGUCACGGAGACGCCGUCCUCUGACAGCGGCAAAAAGAUCGUGCUUUCCUUGCUCCGGCGGCCUCCGGGAGUCGAUGACAUCUUCGAGGCUGGGGCCCCAGAAGCCUUCCUCGAUGCGCUUGCCGGUGGGGUCGUGGCCCCGCAAGGUGACUUCCGCUGUGCCGACGACGCGGUAACGAAACACGCCGACACCGUGGUUAUCGACGCUUUCGACGUCGACCAGCAGAAUGCCCGGCAGAUGCCGUGGGAUGUCUGCCGGAUCGAUGUCCGCACGCCGCGGCAUCGGGCGGUCGCCGCGCUUUGCCUCCCAGUACCGGAAGAUUUCCACGACCUCCUUCGGGCAGUGCUCCAGGAAGCCGGGCUCGGACGGCGAUGGGUGCGGGGCGGUGAUCUUGAGCCGGAGGUGGAAGAGCCGGUCCGCAUGUUCGCCGCUAUCCGCCGGCGCGCCCCGGUCGAUGGAGCAGCCAUGACGGGACGGUAUCUUGCAGCCCUGCUGCUGAUCCUGGGAUGUCCGCUUGCAGCCCAGGCCCAGGACUUCGUCGCCCUCAGUUCCCAGCAUUUUGCCGGCGUGACGACCUCGCAGACCACGACCCGGGCCAUGAUGCUGACGGUGACCCCCGAUACGGGCUCGUCCUUCAGCGCAAAGGCGGAGACCCUGCGCGAUCAGCGCGGCGCUCCGACAGACUUUGCCUAUACCAGCGACGCGAUUUCGGCCGCGAAGGUGGAGACCGAGAUCGUUGCCCGGGUUUCCCGGUCCAAUCCGCAGGCCGGCAAAACGCUGGCCCGGCAGUUCGCCCGGCACGACUUCGCCGAGGUCUACCGCGGCAUCGUCGGCCCCUAUGGCCUGCCGCACCGCAACCUCGCCGGCUCGGUCACCGCCUACGAGGUGCUGGCCUGGCUGAUCGCCAACGACAGGCAGGAACCGCCGGCCGGCGCCGUGCAGGCGGCCUUCGCCCAGAACGCGGCGGCCAUGGCGGCAGAUCCGCGCUUCGCCGCGGAGGCGCUGCGGCGCGACAUGGACGAGGAACUGAUGCGUCUCUUCGUGGUCAUGCACGCGGGCUGGCUGAGCGCGCUCAAUCGCGAAGGGCCGGCGGCCCUGGCGCGCUACGCCGAUGGGGUCAACGCGAUGUGGAAGACCACCUUCGGCCAGGAUCUGCGUCAGGCCAAAUUGACGGGCGUAGACGCCGCGCUCGACCCGCUGGAACCAGCCGUAGACAUCCCGUUGCAGGAUGCGCUGGGCGCCGGCGACGGCGGUCGCCUCGGCCACGGCGGCGGCUUUGGUCGGGCCGCUUUCCCUGAGCAGGGCGGCGCAGGCGAGCGCGGCCUGGCGGUAGGCGGUGACGAUGGGCCGGCGCGUCUGGCCGCCGGUGUUCGGGUCGCCGAUCCUAUGGGCGAACUCCUUCAGCAGCAGCCCUUGGCGCUUCCGGUUGGGGCGCGGCUGGUAGGGCAGGGGGUCGAGCAGCGGCUCCACCAGCGGGUCCUUGCUGGCCGUCGCUUCAUGCACCGCCAGCAGGCCGAGGCCCAGGCGGCGGCAGAGCUUCAGGAUGCCGCGGCGUUCGCGGCGCCACAGACUGCCGCGGGCGGGCCGGGCCGGAACACCGACUGCAAGAUAGACAUGAUCGCUGAGUGCCAGACGGUCGAUGCCCUGCAGGACCAGGGGCAGGGUGAAGCCGGUCUUCAACUCGACGAUGACCGGAGGGUCCUCACCGCGGCGGGCGACCAGGUCGCAGCCGCGCACCUCGGCCUUCACCACGUAGCCCUGGCCCUCGAAGAAGGCUUUGACGGGGGCGUAGAGAUCUUCUUCCUUGGCGAAUCCCACGCCCGUGAGUCUAACGCCCGCGCCUCGGCCGGACCAGUGGGGGACUCACGUCGUCAGGGCGCGGUUCCAGGGCAUGAGGCCGAGCAGCCUGGCCAUCCCGCAGGUGCCGGAAAGGCCUGCGAAGGUGAGGCCGGCGCCGACGAAACCGGACAGCACAAAGAACCAGGGCGAGAGGGCAAAGCCCAGCAGCACGCCCAGCAGCACCAUCAGGCCGGCGGUGAUCUGUACCUGGCGCUGCAUGGAGAUCGGCACCCGGCGGUUGACGCGGGUGGCCAUGCCGGCGGCCUUCCAGCCGGCAAGCCCGCCAUCGAGCUGGCGGACCGCGGCAAAGCCGCUGGCCAGGAUGCGCGGCGCGGCUUCGGCGGUGCGGGAGCCGCUGGCGCAGUGGAAGAUCGCGGUCUUGUCGCGCGCGCCGGGAAAGUCGCCCGCGUCGAAGCCCGAAAGCGGCACGUGAUGCGCGCCCGGAAUGUGCUCGCGGGCGAACUCGUCGCUUUCGCGGAUAUCGAUCAGGACGGCCUGAUCCUGAUCCAGCAUGGUCUUCGCCGCCUCGAAGAGGUCGUAGAGCAGGGCGAUCACCGCCCGCGCUUCACGCCCGCUCAGCCGAUAGUGGAUCUGCCGCCCCUCGCGCCGGGCGGCGACCAGACCGUCCUUGCGCAGCAGGGCCAGUUGCUGCGAAACCGCAGCCUGACGCAGCCCCAGGGUCUCCGCCAGGUGCCCCACCGUUUUCUCCUCCUCGGCCAGCUGGCAGAGGAUCAUCAGCCGGUUCUCGCUGGCCAGCGCCUUCAUCAGGACGGCUGGACUGCGGCGGUGUACUGCUGGGAUUGUGGCGGCCCGUGCGGGCAGGUUAUGGAAGAGGCAGGCAGCGGCUCCGAUAUCAGGGUGACGGCGUUUUUCGAUGAGGCGACCUUCACGGUCAGCUACGUGGUGGCCGAGCCCGGAGGCGGGCGGGCCGCGGUCAUCGAUUCCGUCCUCGACUACGAUCCCAAGUCCGGGCGUCGCUCGACCGCCUCGGCCGACAGGAUCAUCGACUUCGUGCGGACGCAGGGUCUGGGUGUCGACUGGAUCCUGGAAACCCAUGUCCAUGCCGACCAUCUGACGGCGGCGCCCUACCUGCAGCAGCAGCUCGGCGGGACCAUCGGCAUCGGCGCCGAGGUCUGCCGUGUGCAGGAAGCCUUUCGCAGUGUCUACAAUCUGGAUGGGGGCUUCGCCGCCGAUGGCAGCCAGUUCGACCAUCUUUUCCGGGACGGCGAGAGGCUUUCCAUCGGCGGCCUGACGGCAGAAGUGAUGUCGACGCCGGGCCACACGCCGGCUUGCAUCACCUAUGUCAUCGGCGAUGCCGCCUUCGUCGGUGAUACCCUCUUCAUGCCGGACUACGGUUCGGCGCGCACCGACUUUCCCGGCGGCGACGCGCGCCAGCUCUACCGCUCCGUCCGGCGCAUUCUCGCGCUGCCGUCCGAGACGCGGCUGUUCCUCUGCCACGACUACAAGGCGCCGGGGCGCGAUGUCUUCGCCUGGGAGACGACGGUGGCCGAGCAGCGGGAAAAGAACAUCCACCUGCACGACGGGGUGGGGGAGGAGGACUUUGUCGCCCUGCGCGAAGGGCGCGAUGCCGGGCUCUCCAUGCCGGUGCUGCUGCUGCCGGCGGUGCAGGUGAACAUGCGCGCCGGUCACCUGCCGCCGCCGGAAGACAACGGCAUCUCCUACCUGAAGAUCCCGGUCGACGGGGUCUGA